AUGGAGACAUGCCAAAACUCCGGUCUAAAGCUCAACCCUGAGAAAUGCUUCAUAAAGCAGAAACAAAUCAAAUUCUAUGGAAUUAUAUGCAAUGAAGAGGGCAUUAAGCGAGAUCCAUCCAAAGUUUCCGCCUUGAAACAGAUGACAAAACCCAGAGAUCGUCGUGAGCUCCAGACAUUCCUUGAGUUAGCCACAUACAUGGGUCCUUUUAUCCCAAACCUUAGCUCCAUUACAGCACCAUUACGAGAAAUCCUAAAGAAGAAGAAUACCGUACCUUUGAAUGGAAUGAAAACUGUAAUGUGA